AUGGCGAAUCACUUGCAAAACAAACAGCUAUGCACAGAGUUUUCGGUCCAACUGGCCAAGGUCUACGAUGCCCUGGGGGUGAAAACAAAAGAUGAAUACGAUCAGAAAUUAACACAACUCGCUUCAGAAGACCCCGAAAUCGGUGAGUUGUCGCCAAAUUAUUUAAUACAACUGGUUUUACAUUACUUUUCAACGGCUGUUCGGAGUGAUGCAAAGUUGAGUUUAAACAUAAAAAUUGUUUGAAGCCUGUCUUUAAAUAUCACUAUUGUAUCGAGACAAAGGGAGCGGGAGAAUUACAGAAAUCAGAGAGUUACGUGUUUGACAUUACUUUUGAAUUAUUUAUAAGAAAUUUAUUCUUUGAUUUCAGGAGUUAAGGAGUUAACCGAGGCCUGGAAUGACUGGGAGAACUUUCUGGUGUCGGUGGAUAAUGUUGUACAGGAAGUAGCGGGGCCACAUAGUCCCAAAUCUGUGGACAGUAAGUUAUUGAAUAGCUUUAAAAUACAGUUUUGUAGCAUUUUCCCCAAAAAUCACCAACAUUCGAAAAAUGGGUCAUUCAUUACGACGCGUUAAUCAUUGAAGUAUUCUUUGAAUUGAUUACACAUGUCUUUAAAUCCUACUGACUAAAUUUUCAGAUAUAAAACUGGGCAGUAAAGAGAAGUCGAAAGGCCAGAGCACGCUCCUUUCUUACGUCCAGAACAGUCCCUACAACAUGAUGUUCAUCGAGGUCGUCUACUCGUUCAGCUCCUCAGAUUGUGCUGAGCAUGUUCUCAAAAUGUACGAAAAGCUCCCACAGUUCCAGGCAUUGGACUGUGAUAUUUUAUUAUUAACCAAGUCCAGUGGAGGAGGUAAGUGUUCUAAUUCAAGUAUCAGAAAUAAAAAAAAUCUCAAAAAUCAGAGCGUAAGAUAAUGAUAGGUCAAAGGUUAUGUCAUAAAUUAUAAAAGAAAGUGGGUAAAUAAUGCGCGGUCAUAAAAAUAGUAAAAAUGAUAAGAUUAGCCAUGUUCUAUGGUCAUUUGUUAUAUUAUAGUAGGUCUUUGGAGUCAGCUGUUAAGUUAAGAUAGUUUAUUUCUCCUUCAAGGAAGUGCAAGUGUACUAAAACCCCGUGCUAUCAAUAGUGAAGUGGUUCGACGAGAUUUUGGAUUACAAUUUAGGAUUUUUAUGAUACAGUAUCUACAGUUAGUGAUGACAAAAAUGUUUUCUGCUAAAAGUUUGGAAGAUGAUGCAAACUUUAUAACAGAGAAGAUAGGAUCCAAAAAAUUCGGUAUGACCUUUGCCCCAAGCGAAUUAAGGUAGAAAAUGCCGAUCUCCGAAGAUUUUUAUAUUAUCCUUCACAUCAGCUGAUGACUUAAAUUAAAGAUCAUGAAAGCUCAAGAAGUUCCUAAAAAACGGUGAUAAAAGACGACUACCACUUAAACAUCAUAAAAAGUCUACAAUUUCCUCAGCUGUUCCCCUCCAAAACCUGUAAUCCGACCCCUGACCUUAUCUUGAUCCCCCAUUUCAGAAGGUGGAGGUUUCCUGAAGCUGGUCGGAGUUCCCUUCCGCCUUUUACUGGAUGAAGAACAGAGUUUGGCCCGGAUCAUCCAGCAUCGCCAAUCUGCCAUCUCCAUCUCGGGUCAGCGGGCCAUUCAUUUGGUGAGUUUUGGGAGAUAAAACAAUAUAAAAAGUAGCAAAGAAAAGAGUAAAGUUUAUGGUAAUGGACUGGUUUAAUGGCUCGGCGGCUAGGUGUAAAAACAAGUUCGGGGAAUGGGCAAUUCUGAAGCUAUAAACUCAAAUUAUCAUCCUGGUUUUACUCUAGUUUUUUUACCGUUUUUUCACCGGAAGAGGAGUGGAAAGUUUUGGUUUUAUUACUUUUUGAUGGGGAGAAACGUUACAAUGAAAUGGUGUAAAAAACAUACUCUACUGUACGAUUAUUGUUGUGUCAACCCAAAGUAAAUUUUUUUGGAAGUUUGAGCUUCGUUAUGACGGUUAAAACGGAAAAAUAAAAUGGCGUUCUACAUAAUAAGUUUUGUUUGAAUAUGUCACCGUGACGGCUUUAAUCCAAAAAUAAAGCGUUGCCAAAAAAUUAGAGCAGUCUGAAAUUUAAUUUUUUUUAAUUUAAAAAUUUCAUGGAAACUGUAUCAGCAUAAGGACGCAUGUUUUGAAAGUUCAAAAAAUCAGAAUUUGCGUAUUCCAACCCUAAGGCCAGUUUAAAACUUUGCACCACAAUUUUUUGAUAUGAUGCAAUUGUUACACCCCCAAGCGUAGAAUUUGUAAUACUCCGACAUUACUUUAUGUUUGCUAUUCCGAAAGCCCGCGAAACCUUUGGAUUAAUCCACUCCAUCUCAUAAAUUGUAACAUUCUGACACUAGGCCCUAACACGAUUCGACUUUUAAAAUUUAUUUCCGCCCCGAAAAAACGUGGCCUUAAUUUGGCCAAAAAAUAAAAAAAAAAGUGAAAUCCACCGGUCACUCGAAAGCGCCUCGGGGUGAAAUAAAGGUCAUUGUUGUUUCAAAGGUUUUAUGAGAUCGUAAACUUGAGAUGAAAAAGACACUUGUGACCUUAAGCAGUAGUAAUAAGGGGUUGGGAGUGCAAAAAAGUAAAAGAAGAAAUGGUCGAAAGUAACGGGUUUGUUGUAAAAAAUUAAGAUUGUAAUAAGUAAAAGGACACUGCGAUUGAUUAAGGUCAUCCAGAGGGUAUAAAAGAAAACACUGUAAGCAAUUAGACGGCUGAUAGUAAGCGCAACGUGGAACUGUUUCUAACACUUGACAAAAAGGAUGAUUGUGCGUGUCAGCUAUGUAGGAUCGGCGCUGCGUUACGUUGCUGAUAGCGCACAAGCAUUGUUUUUGCCAACAAUCUUGGUAUUAAGGGUCUAGACAUUACCGUAGCUUCGAACUGCCAAGAAAGGGAAAAGCUUUCUUUUAUUCGAACCAGUUUUUGAUAAAAUUUUUCAAAAAUUGGGGCUAGAUUCUUUUGGAUCAUCUGUACGACGAUUUUUACCCUUCAGAAAAAGGAUUUCAGAAAAAGGAUGACCAACAAGGAUUUUGCAAAAAACAAUUUUGGAGAUAAAAUAAAGAAAUAAUUUUCUUCUUCGUGUCUUUCCUCAUUUUCGGCAAUGUCUCGUCUUUCCGUUGAUAAACUGCCCGAUCCCUCCUAUGACCAAGUAUUCGGACAUCGACCGUAAAGAUGAUGUCUAAGACAAUUUUAAAGCCCUCUAUUCCCCAAACUCCAUUGUCAACUCCCAGAUAAUGCCGCCGAUUAAUGGACUAAACCGUCGCUCCUCCACCUUCGUACCUACCGAAAAACAAAGUUAUUGAAUCCGGUUCCAGUCCUUUUCGCAGUUUGUUCUCCCGACUCUCGAACCAAUUCAAAGAGCUCAAAGUUUCUGUUGUUAGACCUCCAUUAAAGCGAUUUUAUUGUAAUAAUUUUUAUUGUAUUCUCUCUUUCAGCUAGCCGAAAUUUCCACCGAUGACAAAUUGAAGGUUGGGUCCGAGGAUUGCGAGGAAUUCGGCCAGCAGGGAGGAGUUAUAUUAUUGGACAGCGAGGGGAGUGUGCUGUAUCACAAGGCCUGCGAUCAGGAGACUGAUUGGCCAAAGGUGGAUGAACUUCUCGAAUCGGUAAGAAACUUGUCUUCAUUUUAACUGAUUACUUGAAAUUCCACCUAAUUUUAGUCUAUCUAACAGAUUUUUUGGAUGUUUCAAACUAUUUUGUUUCAAAUAAUCUCACGAUCUUUGAUUGAAAUAACAAACCCUGCAUUGAUGAGUUUAUGAAAAGAUUUUAAGACCAAAAUUUAAAUUUUUCUAAUCAAUUUUUAAAAUUAUUGAUGACUUUAGCGCUUCUAAAACAAUAUUUUUGUAUAUUUUCAGCCCUUUCUCUCCCUUUAGGCCGUAUAAAUAGCCAAAAAGAUUUAUGUUCUUAUUCCAGGGAGCAAAAGCCUAAUAUGCCGCAGUAAUUUAGCCAUAAAUAGUCAGAUUUCCGAUAUUACACUAGACGAAAGUGCGCACUUUUCCAGAGUCGAAAAAAGCGAAUAAAUCAUAUUGAAAGGCGACCCCCGCAGGCUGUAACAACUCCUUACACCUUCUAGUUUAAACUACAAAUAUGAUUUUAGGUGAAGAAAAAGUCGCCCAAGCCCAAAUCGCCGACUCCACAGCCACAGAAAUCGGGGGAAGGAUCGAAAAAGGAGAGAGAAUCGGGGGAUACAAAUGUGCCGGUGGCCAAGAAAAAAUGCUGUGUGAUUAUGUAA